CCAUUUGUAACUUAUUUUUGUUACAAUAAAAAUUGCGACUGUUAACAGUUUACUUCAAAACAAUGGAUAAUUCUGAAAGUGACAAUGGUGAAUUUGACGAUACAGAUACUCAUGUUGAUAAAGAUGCUGAGAAAAUUAGAAAUGAAACGUCUACCUAUGAUUUCACUGAAAAGUCGUGGAGGACAGACUUCGUUCUUGUUGUAGAAGAAACAAGGUUAUAUGUUUCCAAGGCAAUCUUAUCACUUGUUUCGCCAGUUUUUGAUACGAUGUUUCAAUCUAAUUUCAAGGAAAGCACGUGUGAUGAAUUAGAAUUGCCUGGAAAGAAAUUAGAUGACGUCGUAGAAUUUCUACGCUGCAUUUAUCCGAACACAUGUACAAAAAUUACUUCUGAUAAUGCUGAGAACUUGUUACCGCUAAUAGAAGAGUAUCAAGUUUUACAGCUUAAAACAAAAUGUGAAGAUGCGCUGUUAAAGAAUGACAUUGAUGAAUGUACUGUAGAGGAGUUGUUUCAAUACUUAAGAUUGUCAAGCUUGUACGACUUGAAAGAGCUACGUGAAAAGUGUAUAUUCCUUGCAGCAGAUGUAUCAGAGGCAGAGCUAGAUGAAGCAUCAGAAAAAUUCCCACUGCCCCCAGAAGUGAUGAAAGAAAUUUUCGAGGUAAUAAAUAAGAGGUUGAGGGAUGAUGUAACUUAUUAUUCGGACUCGUACCAUGAUGAGUGCAAUACAUCAGACAGACUUAAAAGGAAAAACGAAGAACUGGAGCAAGACCAAGCUAUUCUGCAGCAAUAUUUGUCUGCUGAGAUAAGGAGAAAGAAGGAAAUAAAGCUUGAUAGUGAUUAUAAUUGGCAGGGGAAACAUGUUGUUUUAGAAGUUGACAUGGAGAGUGACAGCAGACCUAAAACUGAAGUAACUAUUUGGGAUAUUCCAUUUACUGUACAAGCGUAUAUUGACACUGAUUAUAGAUCAGGAGAGGAUCGGCUGAAAAUUGAUUUAAAGAACAUGGGAUCAAAAAUUGUUUGUGCUGUCAGAGUUCGCAUUAUUCUUGUUAAUAGACAGCCUAAAGGACAAAACAUAACAUUAAGUUUUGAGGGUAACUUCUCAUCAUCUCCAGUAUUUAAGCAAAGAAUGAUCAUGUUUACAAAAUCGAAAGACCAAAUUAUGAGUGAUGAAAAUGGGCUUGUGCUCAAUGGCAAAAUAGGGUUGAUAGUACAAAUCUACUUGACGCAACCAAACAUAAUAUAAAACAGACAGUUUAUUACUUGAAACAUACUUUGGUAUAAGACAUAGCUACAUGUAGAUGAACACAAUAUACUUUCUUCACCAAAUAUUAAGUUUUAAACCAAAAUAAGUAUACCCGGUAGUCAAUAUUGAAUAAGUUUGUUUACUUUCAUAGUCGAGCAGUUUUAAAGUUAUAUUAAAGAAUAUAAAUUUAUGAAAUUUUUUUUUUUAGUGGGUGGAUUAUACUUUUACCAGUACUGAAGAUAUAAAAAAAAUUAUGAUCGUUUCUUAAAUAAUAUUUCUUCUGUAAAAAAAAAAGACAAAUCUGUAUAUGUUGUAUAAAAGGAUGAAAUCAAGUAAUACAAUUUAAACUUUCUUACUUAUUAUUUUGCUUACUUGAAAUAUAUGUAGUACUUGUCAUAUCGCAACUUUAAACAUAUUUUUGGGCGCAGCAUUUUAAGCAGGUAGGUAGGGAGACAGCAAACAAACAUAUUUUUUAAUUUUGGCCUAACAUUCUAAAUGAAGACGUGUUUGCAGCUUUAUUUUAUGUUUAUAUAUCUCUUAUUUUUUAUGUUAGUUCAAUACUGCCCAUUUUAUGCAUACUACUUUUUGAAAAUAUAUCUUAUUCUAGGAAAAAAAAAAUUUCACAUCAAGUGAUGCAGUCCUCUUCAUUAAUAAAGCUAUUAAAUUCAAAUUUCUUGACUGCAAAAUUUUUCUUUAGUACAAAUAUUUUUCUAAAACCUUCCAAGUUUUCAGCUUGAAGGUAAACAUUAGUUCUUUGUAAAUGCAUUUACUCUUAGAAUCUUUAUAUAUGUCAGAGACUAUUUACUGAAAAUGUCCAUUUUGCACCUUUUCUGUUGUUAGGCGUUCUGCUUUUAAUAAAAAAAAGUAUUUUCCUUUAACUUUAUUUUCCUUGAAAGGGAGCUACAACAGAUAAAAAAGCAUCUUUCAGUUUCAAAUAUCCAGUACAUUACCCUUUAGCCUGCUGUCGGCAGUAGAUUCUGCCUUUGCCUCCGUGCAGUCUGAUCAUGGUCUGCACUGUUCGCUAUUCAGUCAGUAAAUUUUCAGUAAACAUCCCUCCAAAUAAUAAAUGGUACUGCCUAAAUUGAAAGAUUGACCAGUCCAUUUUAGAAAUUUAGCCGGGUAAAAGUUAAAACAUUCACAAAACCAGACGUGAUGUCCCACGUGUACUUUUCUUUUGAUAUUCAUUAAAAACGAUAUUAUUUUGAUAAUAUAUGGUGGCAAUUCUAUAUUAUGAGGAAUGAGUACACAAAAUUUAGCAUUAUAUUGGAAGCACUGGAUAAUUUUUUGUUUUCGAUUUUCGCAUUGUUUCUGAAAGGAUAUUUAAUAUGUUCAAGUUCAGAAGUUGAAAACUCAAUUUAUUGUUUCUUUAGCCAUGGAGUUUACCAGGCCCACCUGCUGAGCUCAGUAGGAGAGUAAUUUAGAUCUAUGGAUCACAGGGUCAUGAGUUUUGAAGCCCAGGGUGAGGUGACAAUUUGAUAAAAAGACAUUGUGUCAGGAAUCAUUCAUCCUCUACGUCUCUGAUUCAUGUGGGGAAGUUGGCAGUUACUUAUGGAGAGCAGGUUUUUACUAGUACAAAAUCCAGGAACACUGGUUAGGUUAACUGCCGGCAGUUACAUAAUUGAAAUACUGUUGAAAAACUGGGUUAAACCCAAAACAAACAAACAUAAAGUUUAACUACUGGUGCUAAUGUUCACUGGUAAAUGUUAUUUAGUUAGAAAAAAAAUGCUUGUAUUAAAUGAACAUGUAUAUUUAGAUUUUUUUUUUGCUACAAUUUGUUCCUUAUGCACAUUUUCAAUAAUAUAACAAAGUAGGCAUAGAUUUGAUCAUUAGCUCGACUAUACGAAGUUUAUUGAGAGCUAUCCUACUCACCAUGGCAUCAGCGUCUUUCUGCGUCCCCACCUUGGUUAAUGUUUUCUUACACUUUCUCUUUUUUUCUCCUUAUCUCUGUAAUUACUUGAUGGAUUUGCUUUACACUUGAUUCCUCAUCAUCACUCACAUCAUCUGUCAUAAGGGCCACAACUCUCACACCAAUAUUUCAUGAAUUAUCCCACCUUUUUACUUAGAAUUUAAGUUUUGAUGCACUUUCUCUCUAUCUCAUUUAUCUUAAUUAUUACUGAAUGGAUUUGAUUUAAACUGAAAGUAGUUGUCCCACAUCAUCUCCCACAUCAUAUGACACAAGGUUUACAUCUCUGGUACCAAUAUUUACUCAAAGAACUAUGAAAUACACAGAAUGGCAACUGGGGAUUAUCCUGCGUCAUCUCGUGUUUGCGUGUUAUCUAAUUUCAAAGUGUUUGCCAACUUGAUCAGUCGUGAUCAAUCGUGAUGAAAUCAACAGACGCUUACUGAAGUAUAAAACUGGCGGUACGCCCGGCGUGUAAUAAACCGAAUCAAGUCCAUUUUUCAAACAACAACUGUUGAUUUCUCAGACUUCCAAUCAUAAAUUCAUUCCUUCCCUGUAUUGAAAACACAAAUAUAACAUUGAAAAGCACCAUUAUCAUUAUAAACAAACGAUCCGAAAGUACAUAUGUAAUCUUAUUUCAAAGCAUUUGCCGAAUUGAUCAAUCGUGAUCAAUAGACACUUACAACGAGAUCUCAAUUAGUUGUCACGGGAUGUUUGCGAGAUUUCAAAUUGCCGAUCUAUUUAUUUUUAUAGCUCUUUGAUUAAAUGAAUUAUCCCCCACUUUUACUUAGAAUUUCAGGUUAAAGUUUUGAUGGACUUUCACUAUAUCUCAGUUAUUACUUAAUGGUUUUAAUUCAAACUUAAAGUAGUUGUUCAUCAUCAUCACUCAUUUCAUAUGAUACAAAAGCCAUAACUCUUGCACCAAUAUAUCAUGAAUUAACUCCCCUUUUCACUUAGACUUUCACUCUAUCUCAGUUAUUAGUAAAUUUAAUUAAAACUUAAAAUAGUCGAUCCACCUUAUUGCCUACAUCAUAUGACACAAGGUGCUUAACUCUUGCACCAAUUUUUCAUGAAUUAUGCCCCCUUUUACUUAGAAUUUAAGGUUAAUUUUGAUGCAUUUUCACUAUAUAUAUAUAUCUUAAUCAUUGCUAAAUGGAUUUGAUUCAAACUUGAAGUUGUUCCACAUCAUCACCCACAUCAUAUGACACAAGGUGCAUAAUUCUUGCACCAAUAUCUUAAUAUGAAUUAUGCCCCCUUUUUGCUUAGAAUUAUACUUAUUUAGUGUUUUGAUACACUUUAUCUUUAUCUCUCUUAUUACUUACAAAAUGUACAUGUAAUAUUUUUGACACAGACUCAACCUAUUAUGCAAUAUCUUCCGCCACCAUUUGAGUCAUUAAAAACUCCAUUGACAGCUCCAGCUUCCUCGUAUGAGCCCAGUUUCACUAUCCAGCAUCAAAAUUGUCGAGCGCGCUGUUUGAUGUGAUAGCUCUUGUUAGCUCACCUGUCACAUAGUGACAAGGUGAGCUUUUGUGAUCACGUAGCGUCCGUCGUCCGUCCGUGCGUCCGUCCGUCCGUGCGUCCGUAAACUUUUGCUUGUGACCACUCUAGAGGUCACAUUUUUUGUGGGAUCUUUAUGAAAGUUGGUCAGAAUGUUCAUCUUGAUGAUAUCUAGGUCAAGUUCGAAACUGGGUCACGUGCCGUCAAAAACUAGGUCAAUAGGUCUAAAAAUAGAAAAACCUUGUGACCUCUCUAGAGGCCAUAUAUUUCACAAGAUCUUCAUGAAAAUUAGUCAGAAUGUUCAUCUUGAUGAUAUAUAGGUCAAGUUCGAAACUGGGUCACGUGCCGUCAAAAACUAGGUCAGUAGGUCUAAAAAUAGAAAAACCUUGUGACCUCUCUAGAGGCCAUAUAUUUCACAAGAUCUUCAUGAAAAUUGGUCAGAACGUUCACCUUGAUGAUAUCUAGGUCAAGUUCGAAACUGGGUCACGUGCCGUCAAAAACUAGGUCAGUAGGUCAAAUAAUAGAGAAACCUUGUGACCUCUCUAGAGGCCAUAUUUUUCAUGGGAUCUGUAUGAAAGUUGGUCUGAAUGUUCAUCUUGAUGAUAUCUAGGUCAAGUUUGAAACUGGGUCACGUGCGGUCAAAAACUAGGUCAGUAGGUCUAAAAAUAGAAAAACCUUGUGACCUCUUUAGAGGCCAUAUAUUUCAUGAGAUCUUCAUGAAAAUUGGUCAGAAUGUUCACCUUGAUGAUAUCUAGGUUAAGUUCGAAAGUGGGUCACGUGCCAUCAAAAACUAGGUCAGUAGGUCAAAUAAUAGAAAAACCUUGUGACCUCUCUAGAGGCUAUAUUUUUCACGGGGUCUGUAUGAAAGUUGGUCUGAAUGUUCAUCUUGAUGAUGUCUAGGUCAAGUUCGAAAGUGGGUCACGUGCCAUCAAAAACUAGGUCAGUAGGUCAAAUAAUAGAAAAACCUUGUGACCUCUCUAAAGGCCAUAUAUUUCAUGGGAUCUGUAUGAAAGUUGGUCUGAAUGUUCAUCUUGAUUAUAUCUAGGUCAAGUUCGAAACAGGGUCAUGUGCGGUCAAAAACUAGGUCAGUAGGUCUAAAAAUAGAAAAACCUUGUGACAUCUCUAGAGGCCAUAUUUGUGAAUGGAUCUUCAUGAAAAUUGGUCAGAAUGUUCAUCUUGAUGAUAUCUAGGUCAAGUUCGAAAGUGGGUCACGUGCCUUCAAAAAGUAGGUCAGUAGGUCAAAUAAUGAAAAAACGUUGUGACCUCUCUAGAGGCCAUAUUUUUCAUGAGAUCUGUAUGAAAGUUGGUCUGAAUGUUUAUCAACUGGGUCAUGUGGGAAGAGGUGAGCGAUUCAGGACCAUCAUGGUCCUCUUGUUUUUUAUUACUUUUCAUAAGAAUUUUAUCUGAAGCAAAGCAUGUAAACUAUUUGAUUACCAUGAUUACAAAUUUGUAUGAUUGAAGGAUUCAUGUCGCUUAUGGGUUCAGUCUGUUAUUAGCUGUGACUGGAAUUCUUAAGGUCUAUGUUUUAGUAAAAAUACUAUUUUUUUGCCGCAAAAUAUCUAAAAAAAAUUUCAACUCAUUCCUAUAUUCGCCCUAAUUUUUGUUUAGAAUUGCGCUUAAAUUUUGCCCAGAAUUUUUGUUAGAAGGUGCGUGACAGCCUGUUACAUAUUUGUUGUGAAAAUGUUCACUUUUUUCGUCAUUUAUGUCUUAAAUUUAAAUCACAUGAUCUUGUUAUGCACUGAAAACUAAUAAUGAAUUAAUAUAACAUUGUUUUUCAAUAUAGUACUGUGAAAUAAAUCAGUUUUGACUGUAAAUAUUUGACAAUUAAGAUUACUGGAUAUUUUUGAAUUUGCCAUGUGGUUUAUAAACAUGUAGAAUGUGGGAAAAAGUUGAUUUUACACUCAAUUGUUAGUUAUUUUUCAUUCAGCAGAAACAUGUUUAGGUACUGUGAAAUCAUUUAAAUUGGCUGGCGUGGAAUUUUGCGCAAAUGUGAAAAAUUUGUGCAUUUUCAUUUUUUGAAAUGAAAAAAUAUUAGCGCGGUGUUAAAUUUGCAUUUCGGUCUUAGUGCGAAAUAUGUGAAAAUUCGUCCAACGCAAAUAAAAUGAUUUCACAGUAAUAGUUUAAUUUUAAGACAAAUAUAUUUAGAAAGAGUGAUUAAGAUAUCCAAUGUGUCUCAAGCCAUACAGCUACACCUAUUACAUAUCUACAUACAUGUAUUAUGUAGAAAAAAUACUGUUGUUCAUAUUCUUCUGUCAUAAAGCAAUGGAUCAUUUUUCACAUUAACAUAUUGGAAGUUUGCUUAACUUUGGAAUUAAAGUUGGAACUAUU